CAAGAACGAGAUCUAGACUUUUACCUCAAGUUCUCGAACCACAGCGCUGUGUGACGUCAUAUUAGAAGAAGUGACGCCAAAGAAAAGUAUAAAAGAAGAUUCACAGAAAAUCUAGAACAUUCAAUAAUAAUGUUUCCGAUCAAGACUUUCUUACUUAUAAUAUCCAUUCAAUUCUCGACUGCCACCCAACACGACGACUUACAAGAUGGGAUUCUCACCCAUCUGGGGCUAGGGAAACUCCCCACUUUCACCCAAAUGGACCUCAGCCAAGUAGUUGUACCAGACCAUAUCAGAGCAAGAUACGAACAACUUGUAGCAGCCAGGGAAUCGAGAUUGGGAAGAAACCGUCGCAUCAGAUCAGCCGGACCAUCGCUUGCUGGUUUGUUCCGAAACGUUCAUCAAAAAACAGGUAUCGAAGGUGACGUCAUAUACUCCGAUACUUUCCGGGAGCAACUCAAAUUUGACAUGGAAGGAAAAAUACCGGACAAAACGACCAUCACCAUGGCCGAACUCCGACUUUUUAAGAAACUUCCAAAUCACAGCAGACUCGGUGCUUAUACCGUGAAGCAUAGGGCGACAUCUGGUAGCAGGAAUGAUGUGGAAAGACCAUCCGUUAGAAGGAGCCCGCAAGUCAUCCGACAUGCAAGGGUUUCCAUCCACCAUUCCCUUCCAUUACCUAAUGGUGACGUCAUCACAGAACUGGUGGAUUCUAGGUUGAUUAUGGUGAACGGUUCCGGUUGGCAGAGUUUUGACAUCACUUCCGCUAUCCGCAAGUGGCAACGACACCCUGUUAAGUUCAUGACGAUAACCUUAGAACUGAAGGUACAAAGUACGAGACCAGGUCGGGUUGCUUCCGAGGUGGCAAGGAUGAUACGGUUUACUGGUCAAAAGGUGGCGCUAGACUCACCAAGGCGACCUGAGCUCGUAGUCUUCACCGAAGAGGAAGAAAAAACAAGGACUAACGAUUGUUCUGCGUCACGUCACAGACGACAUCGAAAGUGUUGCCGCGAAAAGCGAUUUAUCAGUUUCCGGGAAAUGGAAUGGGCGAAAGAUUGGAUCAUAGAACCAUCGGGGUACGACGCUUACCAGUGCGCGGGAGGAUGCAGUUCCAGUCGCCGCAAAAAUUCCAAGAGGUCCCCGAGGUCAUGCACUGUUGCGGAAUCGUCUUCGUUGCCGGUUAUGUACUUGGUAAAAGACGGUGAUGGCACAAAGGUCGAAGUGUCAGAGUUUCCGAACAUGGUAGUAGAAAAAUGUGCCUGCUCCCUGGACAGUGUAUUUGGUGUGUAAUUUCGUAUUUUUUUGCAUUUUUUCCUAUUCUACUUAUGUUCCAAUACAUUAAUCCGCUUGUA